AUGUUCAUACCUCUCCUCACCUUUCCUCUCAUUGCACUACUAACCUCAACAUAUUCUUUGUGCCUGUCCUUUGGCCACUUGCAGACUGCAGCUGCAAGUGGUCAAAGGCAGUGCUACAGUGAUUUUCAAUCUCACAAAUUGGACCUUAAGUUUUUUAGAUUGACUUUUUGGCUGUCUAUGUCCCCAGGGACUGGUGCCUCCAACUUUGGGCUCUGGGGGUUAUUUUUUGGUCAUCCAUAUCCCAGAGACUGGUACCUUCAUCUUUGGCCAUCCAUGUCCCUAGGGACUGGUGCCUCCAACUUGGGCUCUGGGGUUAUUUUUUGGUCAUCCAUGUCCUCAGGGACUGGCACCUUUACCUUUGGGAUCUGGGGGUUGGUUUGUGGUCAUCCAUGUCCCCAGGGACUGGCACCUUUACCUUUGGGUUCUGGGGGUUGGUUUUUGGCCAUCCAUGUCCCUAGGGACUGGCGCCUUUACCUUUGGGAUCUAAGGGUUUGGUUUGUGGCCAUCCAUGUCCCCAGGGACUAG